AUUAUCAGCCAUAGAAGGAGUGUGUUGGGUCGCUCCCAUUCCGGGUCUGUUGUAGAUAUGUCUUCAACUGAAAGUAGUAGCGAAGACGAAAACACGGAGAGGUUCAAAGAGGCUGUGUGGAUUUUGGGACCAAGACCCAACGGAGCCAAACGGGGUCCAGACACGCAUGCUCAAGUGAGUAAGAGAGUGGAUGUGAGUGAACACGAGCACGAUGGCAACGAGCUCCAGACGACGCCAGAGUUCCGCCGUCACGUCGCCAGGAAGCUGGCAGUCAUGUUGGACAGCUUUGUCACAGAAGUGAGCUCAGGGACUCCAGAACCUGAGCCAUGUGAGAACGCCCACCAUGGAGACGAUGCAGGGUUCCGACUGUUCUCUACAUCACUUCCUGGAAGAUGGUGGAAGGAGCAGACCCCACCGCUGCCCCCUAAACGCCCCCCUGCCCCCAGCUCCAGUGAUAGUGACAGUGAGAUGGAGCUGAGACUGAGAGAAGCAGCCGUGUGCGUAUCGGAUCUCCUGUCCUUCUCCACAGAGAAAGCGCAGGAGACAGGAGAGACAGAGGAAGGCACCAAGGACAGUGCUGGCCCUGUGAUGAAGAAGAGGAAGAGGAAGAGGAAGACAGGUCCCACUGAGGAGAGACAGGAAGAGGAGUCUUUAUCAAAGGCUGAUGGAGCCAUCGUUCAUAAGCAAAGCACGAGUCAGGAACAGGGCUCAGAGGAACACGUACUGAAGAGAAGAAAGAAGAAGUCAAAGAUCAAAAGAUUAGAUGUUGGAGGGCAAAACUGAGGAUGGUUUCAUAUUCUGGUUUGGUUUCUGGGUGUUCGUUUGAGCUGUUUUUUUUCUCUGUUGCCAACAGCAGAUAUUGACUGAGCUUUUUAAGCAACUGCUGUUCCUGUUUUGAUAUUUUAUUGUGUAAACUACACCAGAAAAAUGCACUGUUUCUCAAUUAAAGUCUUUUGUUCUUUUUGA